AUGGCCCCUGUCAUCUCCUCCGCGAGCCUUCGCGUCAUAAACGGCACUCACCCUCAUAGCGACCGCCUCAAAGUAACCGCCGCCGCCGUUACACCCGUCACGUCCAGGGCAACAUUAACUGGUGCACCAGACGAUGGGAUCACAUCCAUCACCGUUCUCGGAUAUGUCCACAAGCAGCGUUACCAGGGACCACGUGCAGAAGUGGUCACUGGCACGAACAGUGCCGUGCAUCCCACAAUGAUCGGCAAUUAUGUGGAGGCUGAUAACCGUGCUAGCAUUGGGUCAUCCGUCCAGUCCAAUGUUGGCACAAACGUCAACGCUCCUGCUGACACCUCGCAGUUCAUUCUUGACGAGCAGUCUCCAGUGACGGUCUCGGCACGGAUGAAGGUACCACUAAAGUCGGCAAAGAAUAAACCUAUUCAAAAAGUCAGUAUUCUUCACACCCGACGAGCUCUAGCGCCGUGA